UAUCGAAAUCAUCACCAGUUCGUAAGUUUCGCUUUGCGAGAAUAUGAAGGAAAUGCGAUGGUUUUGGAACUUACAGGAACACUUGCGGUUGAUGUGAGGUACGAUCUUACAAAAGUGUACGAGUAGGUUAAGAUGUCUACUGAAAUAUCAAGUACUAAGUAGAUUUACUCUUGGAAUAUGAUUCGCUAAGUCUCGGCAUUUCCGGUUGGACUGUCUUAAAGGAUGAUUUUUUUUCAGAAGCAAAUUUCUUCGCUGUGUAGAAAAAGCUUAAAUACUAGGAUUUGCUACAGCUGUUUCUGGCCGGGGGUCAGAACUGAUUUUCGCAAAAUUUAUUUGUGACUACUUAUAGCCCAAACUAAUAGACCAUUUUACAGUUAUGAGCUUAGUACCCUAGCCUCUGAUGACCUCUGAUUGAACGUGAGGCUCAGGUUGACCUUGUUUUGAUACAAACUUUAAUCCUUUCCUAUGCUAAAAUAUACUAGUUAACAUAAGAAUAACAUGAAUUAACAUAAUAAAGACCGAGGCUUUCAAAACAAGGCAUCUCCAACAUGAUAAAACUGUAACUAUAAAAUGGACUAAAUGGAGGAGUUUGCUAGGGGGGACCAGGAAUUUAAACGACGGGGAUGAUCGAAUGGGGGCAAAAAUCAAAACCCCAAAAAAUCCCUAGGGUUUCGAACAAAACCCCAAGAAAUACCUGGACAAAAAUUUACUCUCCCCUCCCCCCCCCCAAAAAAAAACUCCCAUGCCAAAUUUCCGAGCCUUUUGGAUUGUAACAGCACUCGAGACACCCAAGAACAUCUUCGGUUUCAUCAAUAACAUUAUGCAGAAUGACAACUUCAAAUUUUUAUGGAUACGCAAAAAAUCCUGCGUCUGGGCUCCUGCCGUAAAUCAAGCCACCCAACCUCUUUCCCAGGAUUCUCUCCUACCCGUCCCUAAGGAGAGAGAACCUGGGAACGAGGUUGAAAGCCACCCCCCCAAAAAAAGCUUGUCAAAGUUUUCCACCCAAAAAACCCCCAAAAUUUCAAACCCAAAAAAAUCCUUCGAUCAUUCCCCUCACUUGAAAUCCUGAGAACCCCCCUGGGGGAGGAUGGUGGGGGACUCCCUUGUGAAACAUACAGUGGAAGUUAAAGGACGCCAAUCUGGUCGUUGCCAUACGUUAUCAGACCCUUUUAAGACAUUGAUAUCAAUAUCUGAGAUUACACACACCCCUUAACGAGACACGAGACAACAAGAAUCCCCACUCCUUUACAUCCCCCCCACCCCUGUUAGGGGUGUAUCAGGCAGUAUCAGGCAGUUCUAUAGUGAGAUAUUACAUAAAAGGCACUGCGAAAUUUCUGGUACAUGUAUUGUAUGCUUCUUUACCACUAUUUCCAUUCACGUCUUAAUUACUUUUGUUAUGUCAGGUCCCAGCAACUCAACUGAGCUAAGUACAGUACGGCGUGACAUGAAACAAAUGUGCGCGCGCAGAUGAAACACAAUGUCUUACAUAAAGCAGUACGAAAGAGCAACAGUGACGAAGUUCGAAAUCUACUGCAAACAGAAGGGACAGCUGUAAAUUCAAGAGAUAGUUAUGGCAAUACUCCUUUACAUUUUGUAAGCGAUAAGACCAUUGCUUCUCUUUUGAUUGAAUCGGGUGCCGACCUAAACCUGCAAAAUCAAGACGGUGAUACAGCACUACAUACUUGGCAUAGGCCCAACUUUGAACAGAACCAUCUUGAUGAUCUUCUCGAUACUGCACCUGAGAGGAAAUUAGAACUCAUCUCCCUGUUAUUAGAAUCUGGAGCUUCACCGAACAUACAGAAUAAUUUUGGCUACAACGCCCUACACUCUUCGCUUACCUAUGGUGGUAUCGCAGGGAUACCCUACGAUGGCCACUUUAUGAAUAAAGUAAUAUCUCUUUUAAUCCAAUUCAACGUUGAUGUGAACAUGGGAGAUUUUGAAGGCUGUACGCCUUUACAUCACGCUGUCAAAGAACCCCAUGUGUUCAAUGCAGAGACACUUGUGGCAGCAGGAGCUCUGGUGAAUGCAAGAGACUAUCGUGGAUUGACUCCUCUUCAGCAUAUCUUCCACUCUGAUAACACAGAUAUGGCACAACUAUUGCUGAAAUACAAAGCUGAUAUAAAUUCGCAAGACAUGGAUGGCCGAUCUAUGCUAUCAACGGCGGUAGAAGUGGGCAACGAGGAAAUGGUGCAGUUUUUGUUAACAGACCCGCAGGUGCGUGUCAACCUUGCAGACAAAAACAAUGUAACUCCCCUUCACCUUGCUGCAGCAUUUAAACGUGUGGAUCUCACUGCAAUGUUGAUCCAAGCCUCAGCCGACGUAAAUGCACCCGAUUCACGCAACGCAACCCCGUUACACUACGGAACCUAUGGGGGUACACCAGAAAUUGUCACAUUGCUGCUGGAGGCUGGUGCAGAUGGCAAAAUAAAAGACGAUGCUGGAUGGAUGGCAGUACAGUAUGCUCUUGCUAGACACUACUGUCACACUGCUCUACCGUUUGGUGAAAAAUAUCUAAGAGAUUGUUACGCAAGUAGCACCAGAGGGCAUAGGAGGACUGCAGACACUACCUUGGAUGAUAUUAUAUUGGGAAGCCUCCCGGCAGACGACAUCUUUACAAUAGUGGUGCCCGCAUCCCAAGUCCACGCAGAUCCGCUAGACUCUUCAAUUAAACUUGAUGAUUUGGUUGAGUACACGAGGGCCAAAUCAGAGGGACAUAUUUCCAGGUACUUACAUGACAUGUGUACCGUGCCUGGAGUUGGACGAAUCCCAAUGACCAUUUCAGAAGUCAAGUUCUUGAAGUCGGAAGUCGAGAAUGCACCAAACGAUGCUGGAAAGAUGGGGCUAGGAGCUGAAAGCUUAAAGACAGAAUUUCAUGAGGAGAAACCAGAAGUUGGUGACACGAAGGUUGCAGUCGAUUACAUGAGGAACGAAGUUGAAGAUAUUCGGGAAAACGUUGAAAAAUUCAUCUCCAAGUGGAAACAGAAAAUAGCUGAAACGGAUGCGAGGUUCACAGGCACGUUGCUUCAGUCCGGAAGCGUCUACGAAGGUACGAAGGUUGGUGAGCCAGACGAAUUUGAUUACAUGUUGUGCUUAGAAAGGCUAGCACCAGUAUGUUCGGUUACAUUUGAUGAGGUAACAGAAUACGAUAAAGUCAUAGUCCACAAAAACGUGGAAGGCUUUGAAAGUAGUUACGAGGGAUUUUUUGACGGACUGCAACUGGAAAGUGGCAAAGUUAUGGGAUUGUUUGUAGAUGUUGCCAAAAAGGCAUUAACAAGACUGGACUAUAGUUUGGUGCCCAGUGAGAUGUACGUUGAAGGCCUCACAGAGCAUACCCUUAUUGAAGAUACUUGGGCUUUGCACGGCACAGUGACCUGUAACUUGAAGAUCAAAUGGUGUGGUCUGUAUUACAAGCAGCUCGUGAUUACUGUAGAUUUAGUACCUGCCAUUCCGAUUCCAGAGUGGCCGCAAGUGGUCCGUCAAGAAAGCUAUCUAUUGACUGAGGAUAUUAGACUCCGGGGUUGCCAUUUGGUACCAAAGUCUGGUUAUUGGAGACUUUCAUUCUCUCUGGCGGAGAAGCUGAUAAUGCAAAGGCUACCGUGGGAACAAAAGUCGGCGUUUGUUGGGGCCAAAGUCAUUCUUCAUCCCGCUGUUUCUUGUAAGUUCAUGGUUUAUGAUGACAACUAUGCUCUUGAUGACGACAGUUUUCCCGUUCUUGGCGAUGUUCUGCAAAACGUUGGUGACGGCGAUGGGACUGUCCAAGACGCUGAUGAGUGUGAGGGCGUCAUGACGAUGCAAGGUAACAAAGAGGCUUCCACUUCGUCAAACGAAACUACCAGUGCUUGUUGUUUGGAUGAAUUGGGUGGAAUCAAUCAAGAAAAGUUUUCAGUACCAGCAACUAUUGUUGGUAGAACUGCGUUGUCACAGUCUGGUGAUGGUGCAACCAUUUUAAAGUUUGCCAACGCCGAAGAAUUUCAAAUUGUGCCAGAAAAGAUGCAAAGUGAUAUGGACGAGAGAAUUGCGAUUGGUUUUCAAAAGCAACAAACGACAGACGACGACAGUGAUGUCCCUACCGAAACACUUCUCCCGUUUAAUGUUUUAUCAACAUAUUUGCUGAAGAAUUUGUUUUUCAACUGUAUUGAACAAAACGCCAAAGAUACUACGGGAGUUGUAGUCACAACUAAACAAAUAUUUAGCGAGCUGUUUUAUCAUUUAAAGGAAAAUCAACCCAUUCCCUAUUAUUUUAUGCCAACUCAAGGUUUCUGUGGGCUCGAGGAAUCCAGUGACGAUUCCCGUCUUGAGAAGGUGUUGGUUGCCAGAAUAAUGAACAGUUUACUAAGUCAGGUAUAA